UUACUCUGCGCAAAGUGCGCAUGGUUGUAAGUGCAUAGUGUCCGGAAGUAGACCGUGUGGCGUGCGUGUGUUUGUGUGUGGAGCAGGUUGCCGUGAUCACCGUCUCUACCCGGUUUGUUUUUGUUCUCUAACAAAGUGGGAGUCACAGAGCAGCGGUCGGCUCUCAAGUGGAGGACGGGCACCGUCGUUUCGUCUUUGUUUUUGUUUACAGUAGCUCGUUUCUGUUUAAACAACACAAAAUGGGUCCUGGUUAGGAUUAUUCUGGAAAUAAGUAAGAAUUUAAAUUUUAGCAGGCGAGCUGAUGCGGCUCAGGGGCGAUCGGCGGCCCGCUGCCGUGUGUGAAGCCUCGGGCUAAAGUAAAGCUGCGGUCGCUGCGGAUUCGCUGACGGAGGAAAGGACACGCCGCUGCGACUCCUCUUUACAGAAGAACAACGAAACAAAUCUCCCUCUGAUUCUGUUUUGGGAGUUAUCUCACUUGAAACGCCGCCAAGAUAGCUGGACCGGGCAGGAAACGGCACAGCUCAGAUCCAGACCCUUGUGAAAGCAGCUCCGGGAGCGAGAUAGGAGACAGCCGACCCAUUAGCAGCAAGUGGCUGAAGAUGGCCAGCAGCAGUACAUGCCCCAGCGAAUCGGGCCGGAGGCGAGGUCAGAGAGGACCUGACGACGCAGUCAGCACCAGUAAAAAGAAACAGAAGGACAGAGCCAACCAGGAGAGCAAGGAUGCCAAGCGGGCCGCCCCAGCCACCAGCUCAGAGACUAGAAAAGAUUUGUUUCUGGACUGGAAACAGAAUGCACACGAGGUGAUCGUGAGGCUGAGCUGUGAAGAUGCCGGGGUGCUGAGAGUGGAAGAUAUCGAUUAUGCCUUUUCUGAUUCCGCCUGCCACAUCCGGCUGCCGGAUGGCCGUGAAUGGAGCUGUAAUCUCCAUGAAGAGAUUGAAGCCUCCUGCAGUAAACUGCUUUAUAAGGAGAAAACAAAUGUUCUGCAGCUUGUUAUGCACAAGAAGAUCCCGCUCAACUCAUGGCCCACCUUUGCUAACAAGAAAAAAACUGAAAUAGUGAACAUCCUUGGAGAGAAUGGCAGCAACCACCCCCGGUCAACCACAGGCCAGUCUGAAAAAUCUGCCGAAAUCAUUGAAAAGAUGCCCGUAGUGACUUCUGCUGAGCAGAAACGGGAUAAACCUGCCCGAGGGUCAAAACGUGGGAUGAAAGGCAAACCGGUGGAGCUAUCUGAGAGCACAGAUGUGAAGGUAGCUGAGAUUAAAUCGAGCGAUAAAGCAGACCCGAUCAGUGAGCCCAGCGCAAAGCGCACCACACGACCCUCCGGAAACACAAAAGAGCCCCCAAUAGCUCCCUGUUCAAUAAAGGAGUCUCAAUCCAAACCAACAGUUGAUGGAAAAACACAUGCAUUAGCCGGGAGCAGCAGUGUCUCUUCAAAUAGCAAUGCAAAAGACAACAGGGUUCAGAUGCAAGUAAAAGGUCAAGUAUGCAAGGCAUCACCAAAAGAAAAAGAGCUGGACAGGAGGCCAAAAAGCAACAAUCAGGUUGAGGCAGAUGAAAGUAAGGCUGUUUCUUCAGUGUGUGAGCUGAAGGUGGCGCAAGAGGAGAGUUCUCUUCAGGUGAAAACGCAAACAAUAACAUCUGAUGAGCGAGAAAAAAGAACAGCUGAAAAGAAGCCACAGUCUGAUGCCCAGAUCCCUACAAUGCUUCCAUCUCAUGAUUUGGUAUCUGAGAAGCCUGUUUCAACAGCCUCUAAGAGAGAGGAGUCUCCUCAAAAGAGCUGCACAGAGGAGAAGAGAGACAAGUCCAAGGAGGAUCCACAUGGAGGAAGCCAAGAGGAGGAUACAGAAGAUCCGGAGCCUAUGGUGAACUUGAAGUUAGUGAAGAAUGACUCGUAUGAGAAAGGGACAGACCUGAUGGUUGUUAAUGUCUACAUGAAAGAAAUCUGCAAGCACACGUCCAGGGUGCUGUUCAGGGAACAAGACUUCACUCUUAUCUUCCAGACCAGUGAUCCCAACUUUUUGCGCCUUCAUCCGGAUUGCGGACCAAACACCGUCUUUAAAUGGCAGGUUAAACUCAGGAAUCUUAUUCAGCCAGAUCAGUCCAGCUAUGCCUUCACUCCGUCCCGUAUCGACAUCACCCUGAAGAAAAGACACAGUCAGCGCUGGGGAGGUCUGGAGGCACCUGCCACACAAGGUGCAGUGGGGGGUGCCAAGGUUGCAGUGCCCUCCAGCCCUUCCACACUCGAAAAGAGCCAGCCAGGAAGCAGCCAGCAUGCACUUCCUGUUAAAGAAGAACCACGAGUAGGAGAGGAGAAAGCCAAACCCCCUCGGGCCCCAGAAGACUUAGAUCUGGAUGCCGUGGCACCUCGCUCAGUCUCCGAACACAUGUCCCUCAAACAGGAACCAACUGUUGCUACGCCCAAGCCCACCUGCAUGGUGCAGCCCAUGACUCACACUCCUCCUGCAGGCAGUGAGAGAGCUGAAGAAGUGGAGGAGAAGAAAGUGUGUCUCCCUGGCUUCACUGGACUGGUCAAUUUGGGAAACACUUGCUUUAUGAACAGUGUGAUCCAGUCCCUCUCCAACACACGGGAGCUCAGGGAUUAUUUCCAUGACCGUGGGUUUGAGUCUGAGAUUAACUGUAGUAAUCCAUUGGGCACCGGUGGACGGCUGGCCAUUAGCUUUGCUGUUCUGCUUCGAGCGUUGUGGAAGGGCACUCAUCAUGCAUUUCAACCCUCCAAAUUAAAGGCUAUAGUUGCCAGUAAGGCCAGUCAGUUUACAGGCUAUGCACAGCAUGAUGCUCAGGAGUUCAUGGCUUUCUUACUGGAUGGGCUGCAUGAAGACCUAAACCGCAUCCAAAACAAACCGUACACAGAGACCGUUGACUCAGACGGCCGUCAGGAUGAAGUUGUUGCAGAAGAGGCAUGGCAGAGGCAUAAAAUGAGGAACGAUUCCUUCGUUGUUGACCUCUUUCAGGGCCAGUACAAGUCAAAGCUGGUGUGUCCUGUGUGUUCUAAGGUUUCCAUCACCUUUGACCCCUUCUUGUAUUUGCCUGUCCCCCUACCUCAAAAGCAGAAGGUGCUGUCUGUUUUCUAUUUCGCUAAAGAUCCCCACAAGAAACCAGUCAAGUUUUUGGUCAGUGUGAGUAAAGUCAACUCAAACACGGCUGAAGUACUGGAGUCAAUAUCUCGCAGUGUGAGGAAUAAACCAGAGAACCUGAGGCUGGCAGAGGUGGUGAAGAACAGGUUCCACAGAAUCUUCUCACCGAAUCAAUCUUUGGACAUGGUCACGUCCAAUGAACUGCUCUUCUGCUUUGAGAUGUUGUCAAAAGAUCUUGCCAAAGAGAGAGUGGUGUUUCUGAAGGUCCAACAGAGACCUCAAAUUCCAAGCAUCCCAAUCACAAAGUGUGCUGGCUGCAUGAAGCCUCCUGGCUCUGACGAUGAGAAGCUCAGGCGCUGUACUCGCUGUUACCGCGUCGGCUACUGCAAUCAGUCCUGCCAGAAGAACCACUGGCCCAAUCACAAAGUUAUGUGCCGGCUCAAUGUGGAGAAUAUUGGACUGCCGUUUUUAAUUAGUGUGCCUGAGUCUAGGCUGACCUACACCCAUCUGACACAGCUCCUGGAAGGCUACUCUAGGUACUCUGUCAAUGUGUUCCAGCCACCUUUCCAGUCCGGUCGGAUGUCUCCAGAGGCGAGCCUGUCCCGUGUUGACCUGACCCCCAUAGCAAGCAGUGUCUCAGAGUUUCAGGAGCAAGAGGAGGAGCCGUCAUCUGCGGGAGAAGCGGAAAGCCAGGCGGAGCAGACAGAGACACCACAAACAGAGACCGCUUCUGUGAUCUCCGCAGCAGGUGGGGAAACUCUCUCCAGUGACUCGGGCUGCUGUGAGCUCGCCACCAGCUCCCAAGAUUCUUUGGUGGAGAAAGAAACAUCAUGUGAAAAGGUUCUUAAACCAGAAGCUGUAGUGACCGGGUAUCAGCAACCGUCAGAGUCGGAGACUGGAAGUGCGUCUCAAUUCUACAUCACACUUCUGGACUCAAGCCAAAAGGAGGACCGAAAACUUGAGGACAAAGGUGAUGCGGUACUGGAGCUGCCUGAUAACUGCACGCUGGAGCUGGUGUGGAAGAACUACGAGAAGCAGAAGGAGUAUGUGCUGGUGCGCUCUAAAGAGCUAGAGUUUGAUGAGGACCCUGGCUCUGCUACGGAGACAUCCAGGGCAGGACACUUCACCUUAGAGCAGUGCCUGAACCUCUUUACCAAACCUGAGGUGCUGGCCCCUGAAGAGGCAUGGUAUUGUCCUAAGUGUCAGCAACACAGGGAAGCCUCUAAACAGCUGCUGCUUUGGCGUCUUCCCAACGUGCUCAUCAUCCAGCUCAAGCGCUUCUCAUUUCGGAGCUUCAUAUGGAGGGACAAGAUUAAUGAUAUGGUUGAUUUCCCAGUCAGAAACCUGAACCUGAGUAAGUUCUGUAUUGGUCAUAAGGGUGACAUCCAGCAGCCCCCCAUCUAUGAUCUUUACGCUGUGAUCAACCAUUACGGCGGGAUGAUCGGAGGACACUACACAGCCUACGCUCGUCUUCCCAGCGACAAGAACAGCCAGCGCAGUGACGUUGGCUGGCGUUUGUUUGAUGACAGCACAGUGACAAUGGUGGAAGAGAGUCAGGUGGUUACGCGUUACGCCUACGUGCUGUUCUACCGCCGCAGGAACUCUCCGGUAGAUAGGCCGUCUCACUUACUGGGGCCCCUUGGAGCCGAAUCCUCUGCUGCAAGCGGCGGUGCUGCCAGUCAGGCUUCUAGCCAGACACUGUUUGGGACAGACCUGGACCCAGACGGACCUCCUCAGACCUCUUCUGACAUGUUUGCACACUCUGGAGAAUGUGCCGCCCCGUCCUACAGCAGCAUGGAGGAGGUGGAUUGAAACGUGACCCAGUCAGGGAAAAAUAGACAUUACUACUCACAAGUGGAUCUAGCAUGGCAAAGGUGGUCAAUUUCUUUUUAUUUACAUUUGCAAUGCAGACAAAAAGGCUCCAAUGCAAAGACUGUUUGGAAACAGACGAUUAAAGAUGACAUGCAGUAAAGUGAUGCUUAAAGUCUAAUCCACAUUUACAAAUAGUUCUGUAAUUGCACACAUUGAAAUAUACUGUUAUAAGAGGAAGCUCCAAGGUUUUUGUUUUAAUGUGUAAGCAUUUUAACACCUAGAAAUUAUGCCUUUCACAAUUUCACACGAUAGGUUUCUAAUACAUUGUUCAUCUUGCUUGUAUUUACACGAGGUGUUCCUUUGGUUUAUCAAUCAGUAAGUGCGAUCAACAUGGUUGGUUGGGAUGCACAGAAGAGUUUGUUCUCACUGAAAUGUUGCAUGGCCAGAUGUUUUUCUCUGUAAAGAGUCUGGAGUUGUAUACAUUUUUUAUUUUUUUGCAGAUGUUGUAGGUGAAGUUUUAAGUGUGGACAAGGCAGAUUGUUAGGUUUUUUUUUUUUCUUACACUCAGGCCAUUUCUCAACUUGAUGUCCUGUUCUUUCUUUCUCAGACAAUCCUUUCUCAGAAUGAAAUUCUUUUGUUUUACUUUGUCAGAUCCUGUGGAAAUGCAAAAGCUUGAUUGACUGAGAUGCAUGUUGACCUACAGUAGCCCUAGUACCGUGUAUCAUAUAUCAUCUCUCGUUUUUUUUAAGUUUUGAGUUGAUUGCCCCAUUUCCCCAUUCCUUGUUUUUGCGUUGGACUGCAUAGCAAGCAGGAACUGGGGAUUUGAUCAUAAGAAGGCUGCUGUAAAUAAAACAAAUGGUUAAUAUAAAUAAUUUUUUUUGCAUAACAACCUUAAA